UUUGGCGGAACUACAAAAACGGCCUUCAUGAAUGUGUGCAAUUCAUCAUUUAAUUAAAUACACCUAACUUGCGUAUCUUCUUUACGACUUCAGUGUGAUAUGAACACACAAUUGGUUGAAUAUUCAUCUAGUGAUGAAGAAGAAACUGAAAAACUGGAGCUGCCUACAAUACUUCAAGAUUUAAAUUCUGAUUCCUUUCGUUUUUUUGUUCGUGAAGAUGAUCCUUCGAAGCAUGAUUUUCGUAGUAGAACUUUUCCUCAUGAACCUGGGAGUUGGGCCACUUCCGUGUAUAUUGCAUGUUCUCAUUUGCAUUCUAGAAUACUUGAGGCGAUCAAAGACCCCGUAGUUCGAUCAAAUCCUGUAAUGGGUGAUUGUUAUACUGUGGAUUCUCCUCACAUAAGUUUGUCGAAGACAUGGCCUAUUUAUUUUCAUUGGAUUGAAAAUCUCGUUUGUAAUCUUCGUUCUGCUGUAAGCUCUUUUGGAAAGUUCUGGAUUGCGCUUGAUGGCGUAGAAGUUCUUGUAAAUGAAGAAAACACACGAUCCUUUUUCACUUUAGUAACUUCUGAAGAGUCACGUAUAGCACUGAUAUCUCUACUCAAUUCUGUUGAUUCAUGUGUCACUGCGUUUAGAGGGCCAAAGUAUUAUGAAAAUCCUAAAUUCCAUAUGAGUUUUUUGUGGUGUAAUGGGGAUGUUCGUAAGAAGUAUUCAACAGAAACACUAAACAAUUUUUUGAUGGAUUUGCGAAAAGCAAUAUUUGUAGAAUCUAAACAAAUAUCCCAUGAAGUUACAGAUAUAGUGUGCAAAAGCGGAAAAAAAUAUUUCGACAUAAAUAUAUUAUGAUCUUUUAUGUAAAUAGAUGUACUGUGCUUUGAAAUAUUCAUAUUUCUCUAAAGUUUAUUUAUUUUGAAGCGUACAAAACCUUGCACAAAAAAAUCUUAUUAACAUUAAUUUAAAUUAAAAUAAACCGGAAUAGUUUAGUAUUACAGAGGGAUAUGAGUCCUAAGAGGAAAAGUGAGAUAUUUAGUGGCCCGAUAUCUGACCCCAAGUGGAUCGUAAGAUUGAUUGUUAUUGAAUGAUUGCCGUCGAAAUAUAUACAUCGCCAAUCGUCGUAUAUACUCAUCGACUUGAAUCGUGUUGGUGAAUAACGGAAUCAAAUAAGCUGAAUACGAGAGUGGGUUUUUGAAUACGUAUAUUUCCUACAGUCAUUGAUCUGGACGGACAAUCAGAGGUACGAAGCGAAGGGAAGAAAGCAAAGCGAA